GUUUUGUGGACGUACGAUGUAACUAGAUGUCGAAUGAGGACCCUACAAGCUUCCGCCAACCGCUGAGAAUCGUCAUCGAGCCGAUCAGGCGGGCAGCCCAAGUUUGGGGGCGAUUUUGGCCGAGUUGUGCACCUUUCCGUUAGGGAUAUAUAGCCCACUUAAAGCCUGUCUCUUCGAGGGUUCGUGCCCUUAUUACUUUCGAAAACCCUCGGGCCGCCUGAUAGUUCGAGAUGCAGACCAUGAAAACCUGGGGUGGACUUGGUGGCGGCCCGAGUGCAACGCAUCACACAGUCGCGCAAUGGGACGAAGACUACGCACCAAGACAAGAAUACGAACCAUUUCAGAUCCAGCAACCACGAGAGCGGGGUCCCAAAAGGAACAUAUUCUGGACUGCGAUAUGGGAAUGGUGGCUUCUUGAGAUCUCAUGUUUAACGCUAAGCGUCGCUGCGCUCGUUGGAAUAGUUAUACUUCUCGACAAGUACGAUAACAAGCCACUGAAAGAUUGGCCCUGGAGUAUAUCGCCCAACUCCGUCCUCGCCGUCUUCUCCACCAUCAUAAAAACCUUGGCGCUGCUGCCCAUUGCAGACUGCAUAGGGCAAUUAAAAUGGACCUGGUUUGCUCGCGGGCAGCCACUACCACUUCUCGACUUCGAAAUCUUCGACUCAGCAUCUCGUGGAAUCCUCGGAUCCAUCUUCCUCCUGUUCCGGCUACGGUUCAUGCACAUUGCGAGUCUAGGGUGCAUUGUCACGAUAUUGGCGAUUGCCAUUGACCCGUUAACACAGCAAGCGCUGAGCCAACCCACACGCUCGAUUCCCGUUCCUACGGGAACGGCAACGAUUCCCCGAGCGCAGAAUUACAGUCUAUCAAUGGACGCCUUGCAGGACGGCGACGAUUAUAUAUCCGCGCCAAACUCGCUGAUCGGCGCAAUGUACAUCGGGCUAUACACACCGCUGGACCAAGAAGUCGCAUUCCCGAAUCCGGACUGCAGUACCGGGAACUGCACAUGGACGAAUUACAAAUCACUGGGAAUAUGUCAGGAAACUAAGGAUGUGACGAAACAACGCGACAGUAUCUGCUCCCCGUGCACAGGGAAGAAUGCGAGCGCAACACAAUCUUGUCAUUAUGCCUGCGACAUGUCGACGACGUUCCUGAAUGUCUCGGCACUGCGGAGUCAAACCCUAACGCGGUAUUCUACGGAGGGGCUUCCUGAGAAUGUUUCGUUGAGUUUGGGGUUUGAGGAUAUUGUUUGGCCGGUUGCAGAUGUGUUAAUGAAUUAUCGGAAUAAUUUUAGUUCGGUGGGUGAAAAGCCGGAUAAGAGUACGAGUAUGUAUGAGACGGUGUUUUAUUUCUGCAUGCAGGAGUUUUCGAGCGGGGAGGAGAGUGGGAGACCGAUGACGAGGAUGGUGAAUUCGACUAAGAGGACGACGAAUCGGACGGUGGAGGCGAUUGGGAAUCGGUAUACGUUCAUGCCGCAACUUACGAUCCACGAUGACAACACCAAGGAGGGAGAGACGGGGGAGUAUACGGUUGAGCCUGAAGCACUUCUGGCGCUGUCAAUCGCCAUGUACAAAGCGUUCCAAGGUGGAGUCUCGUGGGCUGAUAUUAUCACUGGCACUACUGAGGUCGGACGGGUCCUAGGCACGAUCGUGGAUCAGAGUCCUAAACCGACCUCGCGGGCGCAAAAUGAUUACACCAAGAUUCCUGAAAUCAUGGAGAAUGUGGCGCGGGCACUGAGUAAUGACCUCAAAAUCCACCCGGGGAAUGGGACGAAGGUAGUGGUUCACGACGGGACUGUGCUGGCACUGGAAUCGUACAUCUCAGUGACUUGGCCUUGGUUGUCACUGCUCUUUGCGACGGUUCCGCUUUCGAUUCUUCUCCUCGGUUUAACGAUGAUUCGGUCCGCGAAUACGCAUACGACUGUUUGGAAAACGAGUUCGCUACCUGUGCUCCAGAUUCUGGGGCAGGGGGUUAGAGGUGAUUUAGGGAAGGUUGAAGGGAUUGGUAAGAUGGAAAUGAGGGCAGAGUAUGUCAAGGUGGAGUUGGAGCAGAGAGGGGGUGGGUGGGGGCUUGUUAGUCGGUGAUCUGGACAAACCCAGGGAGUACGAAGAGGAGAAUGAGCAGCCUGAGGAUCUGAAUCAGGGCAAGUACAGGAGUUUUGUAGACCUUCU